GCUUUUUAACUUUAUAAAAACCCCCAUAUUUGAGAAUGAUAUAUUUGCGACCUUUUUUAAUUUUACGAAAAAUAUUUUAAACAGUUCAUAUAGCUUUAUUAAACGUUAGAAAACGAAAUUCUUUAGUGUAAUUUUUUAUAAGUAUUGCAACGUUUUUAGUAAAACAUCAUAGCAGUGUACUUUAUGACAGUCUUAGUAAAUAAACACACACAGAAAGAGAGUAAAUAGUAGCAAGACGAUUUCAUUCGAAUUGUUUUGUUAGUUAAAAAUUUUUCAAAGUUUUAUGUAGGUUUUAAAAUGAAUACCAGCGAUUUAUGGGACAACUAUUUUGAUCGUCAAUUCUCAGUGAAUAUCUUAAAAGAAACAAAGGGGAAAGAUGAACAUAAUAAAUUUCAAGUGUAUAUGGGGGGGUCAGUGCAUGACACUCUCCUAAUUUGUUUUCAUGGGGCAGGGCACACGGCAUUAAGCUGGAGUCUUUUGGCAAGAUCUCUAAAAACAGCGUUCUGUGUAGCGGCAUACGAUUGUCGUGGGCACGGAUUGACAGAAUGUGACAACUCAAGUGAUUUAUCAACGGAAACAUUAGUUCAGGAUGCCAGUCAAAUUAUUGAAAAGCUUCAAGAGAUGAUCUUUGUGGAGCGUGAAACCACAGAGAAACCUAAACGAUCGUGCAGUAGAGCACUGCCGAGUGGAACCAGUCAGUCUGAAUUAUUAGUACGAGAGCGUAUACUAGCGCAUUCACGUCGAUUGAGUCGUGCUCAUAUUGUGCUCAUGGGGCACAGUAUGGGGGGUGCGAUUGCUAUUCAUUUAGCUUCCAAGGGAAUCGUAAAAGAUUUACAAGGUUUAAUUAUAUUAGAUGUUGUGGAAGGUACUGCAAUUGAAGCCUUACCGAGAAUGGAGAAGUUCAUCUCAACGUUUCCACUUUUUUUCACUAGCCUUGAAAGUGCUAUUCAAUGGUCUUUAAAGCAUGUUUUACAUAAUGAAGAAAGUGCUCGAAUCUCGAUACCUUCACAACUUGAAUAUGAUGGAGAAUUAUGGCGUUGGAGAGUCAACUUGAAGGAAACCAAGUGUUAUUGGAACCAGUGGUUUCAAGGAAUAGGGAACAAGUUUUUGAAUGCACCCAUUCCAAGCGGAGGCAAAGUUUUAAUACUUGUGGGCCAUGAACGUCUAGAUAAGCCUUUGACAAUAGCGCAAAUGCAAGGCAAAUUUCAGUUAAAUGUGAUACCCAAAUCUGGUCACAUUGUUCAAGAAGAUCAACCUGAAGAUAUUGUGCAAGUGGUUUUAGCUUUCGCUGAACGUUAUUGUUUAAUAAAUUAAAAAAAAAAACCCUCAUCUUUUAAAAUCAACUCAUCUUUCCAUUUUUACAAGACAUGAAUGCCUCUUUUUUAAACGUGCACCUAAAACAUUGCCUCUUGUUCUACUUAUCAGGAAAAGAAAUUUCACGAAGACAAAACAUUUUUUGUA